GGAAGGGGCCCACAGAAGUCUUGACUUCGCAGCGAGCCCGGCCGAGCGCCCUGGGAAAGAUCCACUGUUCAGAACAAGAUGUAUUCGCAUAAACUUUUGACUGUGUUUCUGCACUUGGAUUUUAUUCGAAUGGCAGUUGCUCACUGUAUGGUACAUCAGAUUCCAGCGUCGAGCUUUAUGCUGCCUUGCAUGUCACCAAAUGAGACUUCUGUCAUUCCUUUGACUGCUGGUGUUGUAGCGAGCAGUCCUGGGUUGCACGGAGAGCAUGGAACCACUGAAACCAACUCUCUGGUGCUGGUGGCUGAAGAGAGUUUCCUCUGUUGCCUUUGGAGUGAAACACACGCAAAUUGUUCUUUGUACACAGCAGGCAUGGAAACAAAGAAAUUUACGUCCUCAGAAAUAAGUAGCUUUGCUCCUCAGCAAACAGAUUUAAGCUGGAACAUUCAAUGUUGGACUAAAGGAGACCUAGAACUGUUCGUUUGUAUCCUGAAAAUGUCUAACAAGAAGUCGUACUUGAAUGGAGAAUUUAAGAUUAAUCUUUUAUAUGUUCUAUCAGAGUUGUCAUUGGAAGACAUGUCUACAGUUUCUCUAAAAGGCAAUUUCAUGGUUACUCCCUGCAACUGCAAUGGGUCUAAUAAGUACGAAUGUCACAUACCUUCAUUGAAACUCAACUACACUUAUAUUACAUGGUUAAACAUCAUAAAUGGGGUAACACUUCUUCAGUCACCUUUAAUGUCGGUCAGACCCAUAAAUAUUGUAAAGCCUGAACCUCCAUUGAACCUGCGACUAGAAAUGACAGACAAAGGACAGUUAAAGAUCUGUUGGUCCAACCCAGUACUAACACCAUAUCCGCUUCAGUAUGAAGUGAAGUUUUCUGGGAAUGCUACUCAAAAUGCCUCGCAGGUGGUUGAGAUUGUCAUAGAAACCUCCCUCAUCAUAGGCAAUAUGCUGGUUGGUUCUUCAUAUUUAGUUCAAGUACGGUGCAAGAGUCUUCAUGGUCCAGGAUUCUGGAGUGAUUGGAGCACACCUUAUAAUUUAAAUACAGAAGAUGUCAUGUACUUCCCACCUAAGAUACUGACGAGUGUUGGUUCUAAUAUUUCCUUUCAUUGCCUCUAUAAUGAUAAAAACAAGAUGAUUUUGUCAAAGAAGAUUGUUUGGUGGCUGAAUUUAGCAGAAGAAAUCCCAGAGAGACAGUAUACACUUGUGAAUGAUCGUGUUAGCAGAGUUACUCUUUUCAACUUGAAUGCAACAAAACCUAAAGGAAAAUUCUUCUAUAAUGCAUUGUACUGUUGUAACCAAAACAGGGAAUGUCAUCAUCGAUAUGCUGAAUUAUAUGUAGUAGAUGUCAAUAUCAAUAUCACAUGUGAAACUGAUGGGUACUUAACUAAAAUGACUUGCAGAUGGUCCGCAAACACAAAUACAUUGCUUGUGGGGAGUUCUUUACAGUUAAAAUACUACAGGAGUAGUAUCUAUUGUUCUGACUUUCCAAGUAUUCCUCCAAAGUCGGAGGCAAAAGAAUGCCAUUUACAGAGGAAUCAUUAUUACGAGUGUACAUUUCAGCCUAUUUUUCUUUUAUCUGGAUAUACCAUGUGGAUAGAGAUAAAGCACCAACUAGGAACACUUGAAUCCCCACCAACCUGUGUCAUUCCAGCAGAUGUGGUGAAGCCGUUUCCUCCCUCUAACGUUAAGGCAGAAAUCACCAAGAAUGUUGGGCUGCUGAAUGUGAGCUGGACAAACCCAGCAUUUCCGAACAGCGAUCUUAAGUUUCAGAUUCGGUACUCUGUGAACAGGGAAGAAAUAUUAUGGGAGAUAUUUGAGGUUUCAAAUGCACCAACAAGAUCAGUCAUGAUAAAGGUACUGGACCUUUGUGUUGUAUAUAUUGUUCAGGUGCGCUGCAGUGGACUAGAUGGAUUAGGUUACUGGAGUGAUUGGAGUAAACCAGCGUAUACCAUUGUACAGGAUAUCCAAGCUCCCCUGAGAGGUCCCGAAUUUUGGAGAGUUAUUAAUGAAGAUCCCAUAAGGAAGCAGAAAAAUGUUACUUUAGUUUGGAAGCCACUGAUGAAGAAUUACUCAUUAUGCAGUGUGUGCGGCUAUAUUGUAAAGCAGCACACUUCAGAAAACAUCACUUGGACUGAAUAUGUCACCAGUGGCACUACCUAUACGUAUCCAUGGAUGGAGGAUGCACACACCGUUACAAUUCUAGCUGUUAACUCAGUUGGAGCUUCCUCAAUGAAUUUUAAUUUAACUCUGUCACAGCAAAUGAGCACAGUGAAUAUCGUGCAGUCACUCAAUGCUUAUCCAGUAAACAGCAGUUGUGUAAUUCUGACCUGGACACUUUCACCUCAAAUGUAUGUGAUAACGUCUUUUGUUAUUGAAUGGAAAAACCUUAAUGAGGAAGAACAAAUGAAAUGGAUACGAGUUGCUCCAAAUAUUAGCAAAUACUAUAUUUAUGAUCAUUUUAUUCUUAUUGAGAAGUACCAGUUUAGCCUGUACCCAGUAUUCCCAGAAGGAGUAGGCAACCCCAAAACGACUGAUGAAUUCAUCAAAGAUAGGCGUGAAAAACAGAAUGAUGCAGGCCUCUAUGUGAUUCUACCAAUAGUUAUUUCAUCCUUCGUUUUGUUGCUUGGAACUUUGCUGAUCUCGCAACAAAGAAUGAAGAAACUCUUCUGGGAGGAUGUUCCAAACCCCAAAAACUGCUCCUGGGCACAAGGAGUUAAUUUUCAAAAGAGAAUGGACAUUCUUUGAAGUCUAAUCAUGAUCACUUCCUGCUGAACCAUUGUGCCAGCUCCCAGACUUCAUAUACAGAAUUGUUAGAAGAUUUUUCUGUUUACAUUCAGAAGACAGGAAACACAGAUACAAUACAUGAUGAUUGAUUUAAAGAUAGUCCUGGAAAUAGUUUUGUUCAAAACUUAAGAUUCCCAUGCAAAAUCCGGGACAAUUGCCAUAUUGCAGCCUAGAGCAGGGUUUGCUACACAUGUAGGCAAAAAUCUUGCCUUAAAUCACAUUUUUAUCCUUUGUUUAGUGACUUGUUUAUUAAGGCUCUGAGUUGCAAAGGGCUGAACACUCCUAGUUUCAAUAAGAGUUGAGAAUGCCCAGCACCUUUGAGGAUGGAGCCAUAGAAGCAGAAAUAUCAGAAUGGUCUGAGAUUCAGCUAGUUAAGUGCAAGACUUGCCCAGUUAUCAACUUAAAAUCAUUUUUUACCAGAGUUAUUGGUUGUUUACCCAAGAACUAGCCUGAUUCUGAUGCUGAACAGCUUUGGGAAUUUCCACUGACUUCAGGCAUGUUGAGGCGGCCAAACCCAGCCACUGGAUGUGCACAGCACUCCCAUUAAGGUCAAUGGGAGCUGAUCACAUGCAUCUGAGUGCAGAAUUUAGUCCAAAGAAUUUGCAGAAAUAAUUUAGUGUUGUUCAUUGUGCCUUAGUUUUCUCUGACAAGGACCAUUGUCCAUGUUAUGUCGUGUAGACAGGUACGUCACUCACUAUCAUUUAAACACAUAGAUAUUCCCACAGCCACUUUAAUAAUAGUGUCUGACAUUAGGGGUGUGUGUGUGUGUGUGUGUGGGUGCGUGUACAAAUUUGUUGUUACCCUUAGUAUGGCAACUUCUGCUUAGUAAAAUCUCCAUUUAGCAUCAUUUCAUGUUUGUAGCUAACCUAUUACUUAUUAUAUUAAAGUUGUUUUUUUCUUUUUUGUUUAAAGUGUUGCUGUAUUGUUAGAAUGCAAAGAAUAUAAUUUAAUAUUAAACAAAGUUCAUUGACAUAUAUAAUGUAGGGCCUGGUCCAGAGCUCCCUGAAGUCAAUGAUAGUCUUUCCAUUCGAUCCAUGGAGCGGUGGACCAGCACCACAAUGCUGCUAUACUGACAGCAAUGGAGAAAAUGCUUUACAAUUUUGAAAAAUAUCAAAUAUGGCUGUAGGGCUUUGAACAAAGAUUUGUGUAUUGCUGGAGGAAAUGUGAGAGUUGCACAGAGACCUUUUUAUUUACUUAAUUAACUUAGCUAUAUAUAGAAAGGGAAACUUAUCACCGCCAGCCCAAUAACUCACAUGUUGGAUCAGGGACUGUGGGCCUGAUUCUUCUCUCACUUUGGUGUAAAUCAGGAGUAAGUCCAUUAAAAUCAGUGAAGUUAGACUAAUUUACAAACAGCCAAAGGAGGGUAAAGGAUUUAUACUCCCAUGACAUUAUUUCAUGUUCUUAUGUCCUGUUGGGUUCCUAGCUAAGGAGAAAGAAGUUAUGCAUGUGAGUAUAAAGUGUAUUGUGCUGAAUGGGAAUUGAAGGGUCAUGUGACCUUUGACAGCUUGUACUGCAAUACAGUCUCUAUAUUUAAUGCAUGCUUCUUUCAUACACUUUAUUAAUCUUAGUGA